AUGUCCCUCCUUAGAGGCGUGCUUCCAAGAGUUGCUUUAGCAUCAUCUUUUGGACUAUUGGCCGGGUAUUGUGCAUACCGCUACAAGACAGCACCACACGGUCCGCUUGAGGAGGGAAAAGUGAUAGGCAAUAUGACCGUCAAGAACACCUUCCAGACUCAGUUUGCCGUGCCGUUGUCGUGUGAGGGCUGUGUCACGGCUGUUUCAGACCAACUCUACAAGCUCGGGGGCAUCACCAGGGUUCAAGGCAAUCUCCAGGACCAACUAAUCUCAGUCGAGGGGUCGGCCGCACCAUCGGCGAUAGUCGAGGCUGUCCAAGCAACGGGAAGGGACGCGAUUCUCCGCGGUUCGGGUGCAUCAGACAGUGCUGCCGUGAGCAUCCUUGAAACCUUUGCGGACAGGGUCGAGGGACGCGACAAUGAUGAUCAGGACCGCGAUGUAAGGGGACUGGCUCGCAUGGUUCAGGUCAGCCCCGAAAGAACGCUGGUGGACUUGACCGUCCGAGGCGUGGCGCCAGGGACGUACCGGGCUUCUAUCCGCGCGUACGGCGACCUCAAAGAUGGCGCUACGUCGACAGGGCCCGUAUGGUCUGGAGAGAACGGGCAAGAGAAAGGCACACUGGGCGUGGUCGAAGUGGGCGCGGACGGCCGGGGAGCUGCAUUUGUCGACCACCCCUUCCAAAUCUGGGAAGUAAUCGGUCAUGCCAUGGUCCUCACGAAGCAAGACGAAGAUAGCUCGAAGCCGCUGCACAACGACGAGAAUACCGUCGUCGGCGUGAUUGCGAGAAGCGCCGGUAUGUGGGAGAACGACAAGACUGUCUGCUCCUGCACGGGCAAGACUCUUUGGGAGGAAAGGAAGGAAGAGCUGAAAAAGGGAAUGCUAUGA